AUGUCAUCGAAGCAACCCCAGCUCGGCAGUCUUGCCAUCCAAGCACCCUCAUUGACCCCGAAGACCGUUCACGUAUUGCCAUCAACGUGCCAUGAUGUGUCCGUGUUCAAAGAGCUCAUGAGCCAGUACAGGAAGCUGGACGACACCAUAAACAUGCGUCUCAACCGCGCAACCGCACAAUACCGCGAUCGUGAGCGUAGAGGAUUGGCAGGCAAGGGCGACGUUGAAGAGCAGGCGUGUGCCCAGGUGUGGCGCGAACUCAUUGCCAACUGGUCUCGCCGGAGGGAACUGGUCGAUUAUUGUGUAGGCGUCGUCGACCAAGCUAUGGAGGAGAAGCAACGUUCGAUACAGGACGCCGGAGAUGACGCCUCAGCACAGCGAAAGGCCCGGGGCGCUCUCUACGCCGAGGAGGUCAAGCGCAACCAAAUCCGCAAUGAGUUGUUCGUCGAGAACAUUGUCCGCAAACGCGCGUUCGACGCGUUCCGGUCGCGUUGCCGAUACUUCGAGCCACCGCAAACCGAUGCAGAAGCCCGCAAGUGGUGGGAGUCCUCCGUCUGAGAGUGUCUCGCAACGAAUCCCAUUCACCGGAACCAACGCCCAAUAUUCAUCACGCAUCUCUUGUUCCUGGACUGUCGGACAGAAUCUUCGUUCCCGCAAUGGACAGAUCAUCUUAGCUUCCGAGACGAUGGGACGCGAGGAAGCCUGACAGAGUGGGUGGGUUCCGCUGAUGGAUGGCGUAUCCUGUGCGUCUAGAGGGGGAUCCUUCGCGACGCGCUGGCCCUUGCGCGCUGCACAUCUGCAUGCAGUGCGGGCUUCUUUCGACCAGCAGGGCCCAGGCGGCCAGGGAUCUGUUGUAAUAGGCACCCAGGUAUCAUCGUUAUCUGCAGGGUGGGUUGGCAGGAGCGCAACGUGUUGGAUCCAGGAGUACUGUCGGACUUGUCUUGAGACGCUUGUACGUCAAUAGGCUGGGCGGGGUAGGACCCACAAUUCACUAUGGCGGCUGAGCAUCGGCGGGGUUUAGCCAACCGAACGGGCGGACGUCUCGAUCGACCCCCAGCUUGCUGUGCCAUGUGCGAUGCCGGCUUUCAGCGACGGUUAAGCUUCGUCAGAUCUCAUCGGGAGCCCGUUGGCACGUGAUUGUGAGAUCAUG